CCAGUAGGGCCAGUUCUCACCUGUGCAGCAGGGUGGGACCCCAGAGGGAGAUAGAAGCUGCUGAGGGCUGAACAAGCUGCCAGUCUGUUCCUGCUUGAUCCAGGGAAAACAACCUUUGUUUUGGGUUAAAAAGAAGAUGGGGCUUGUGGAUCUGUUCAUACACUGCGAGAUUCUCUGAUGCCCUGGCAGGCCAGCCCAAUCCUGUACCAUAGGCUGCGAGGAACUGCUGCUAGAAGAUGCAGGAAGCAACAGUAGCCUUCUUUUUGAUGCUGACAGCUCUCCCUGGUCUCCAUGCUAAGAGUCCCGAACACAACUCGCAGUUCGUCUACGACUAUGAAUCGCUGAAGAUCGGGGGCCUUAUUGUGGCCGGGGUGCUGUGCGCUAUGGGGAUCAUUAUAUUACUGAGUGGGAAAUGCCGAUGCAAAUUCAAUCAGAAGCAGGAUCGCAGGACCCGAGCCCAAGAGCAGCAGCUCAUCACUCCAGGGACGGCCAGUAACUGCUGAUCCACUUUCUUCCCAUGGAGGACCCCCUAACACUCCCGGACACCUAAAUACUCCCCCCUACUCCCAAUCCCUUUGGUUUUGUAACAUAUUACUUCUCAUUUUUAUGGCUACUAACUCAAUAAAGGUCUUUGUUUUCA